AUGCAGAGGCCCUUGGGGGCCCCCGGGGCCUCUUUUGGAGGAAUUGGUUUGGAGUGGGACACAGACAUUUUGUCCUUGUCACAAAAGUAUAAAGGAAUGCUGCAGCGGGUGGGGUGGGUGCUGCUGCGGCCCUUCGUGAAGGUGCUGGGCUGCGGCAGCAACCCCGUCAUUCAGCUGCUGCAGCACAUCGAGGCGAGAUACGACCCCGACAUCCCCUACCACACAGCCACCCACGCGGCGCAGGUGGCGCAUGCAGCGAUGGUCUUGAACACGAAGCUAGAUCUUGAUCCUUUGAGGGAGAAGACGGGGACGUUUUGCCUGGGGCUGGCGGCGCUGGCCCACGACGUGGGCCACUUGGGAAAGACCAAUGGUUUCCUGCAGCAGUCUAGACACCCGCUGGCGACAAUUUACAACGACAAGUCCAUUUUGGAAAACUUUCACGCUUCAUCUUAUCAAGCUCUCAGGCAACAAAUCAUUGCCCUCAUUUUGGCCACUGACAUGAAAGACCAUAUUGACUUAGUCUCCAGAUGCAAAAGCCGGCGGGCGUGUCCGGACUUCAACUUAUUUGUGCGCGAAGAAGACGCUCUUCACGUUCGCAAAAUGCUUUUGAAAAUGGCGGAUUUGUCUCACGCCCUUUUGUGUUGGAAAGACCAUCUCGUCUGGACUUGCAAGAUCUCCGAAGAGUUCUACCAGCAGGGCGACGCGGAGCGGCGGCUGAAGCUGCCGGUGUCUUCAGUUUGCAACAGAGAGGCCCACCAAAGCCUCGCGCAAAAUCAGCUUUUUUUUCUCCAAGUCCUCGUCGAGCCGCUGCUGGCCGAACUCGAGGCCAUCGAGCAAACGGCCCAGCACCCCAACAAACACCCCCAAUUCGUCAGGUGCAGCAGCGCGGCUGCUGCGCCCCCGCAGCAGCAGCAGCAGCAGCAGCAGCAGCAGCAGCAGCAGCAGCAGCAGCAGCGGGAGGGGCAUCAACUACGAGGAACGCAGCUACUUCUUGAAGAGGAGACACAAAGCAGCAGGGCCUCGCUGGGGGCCCUCGCGCGCGGAGACAUCAGCAAGCUGCUGGACUGGUCGCUGCAGCAGCAGAGUCGGAAGCAAAAGGAGACUGAAAUUCGGAGACAGCUCGUCAGGGCCCAGGGGACUCUGGCGGUCAACUCCGCCUUCAAGAGGUGGCAGCAGCGCGUCCAGAAGGAGACACUUCGGCGCAGCAGCAGCAGCAGCAGCAGCAGCAGCAGCAGCGGCAGCGGCGGCAGCAGCAGCGGCAGCGGAGACUCCGACGCAGAGCCGGACGAGGAGACAAGGCCCCUUUCUUCCUUGAGGGGCCCCACACUUUGCUGCAGGGGCCCCAGCGCAGCGCGAGGGGGGCUCCUGGCCAGCAGCAGCAGCAGCAGCAGCAGCAGCAGCAGCAGCAGCAGCAGCAGCAGCAGCUGUUGCAGGGGACUCCUGAAAAGCCAUAUUGCAUGCAGCAGCAGUAGUCUUUCUGCUGCUUCUUUCGCCCGUGCUGCUGGGCUUAAGCGCGAGAGACAACACUCCAGCAGCAGCAGCAGCAGCAACAGCAGCAGCAGCAGCAACUGCAGCAACAACAGCAGCAGCAGUAGCCGCGGUGACUGCCGCGUCUGCUGCAGAGGCUACUGCAGCACCGUUGGCAGCAGCAGCAGCAGCAGCAUUUCUGGCAAAGGCCAGAGCAUUGGCGGCAAAGGAUGCAGCAGAAGCAGCAGAGUAUGCAGAGGCAGCAAAAGCUGCUGCUGCUGCUGCUGCUGCAGCAUUGGCUUGAUGCAGCAGCGCCUCAGCCGCUUUUACUUUUCAUCUCUUUUAUCUCGGCCUUCUUCAUUUACUGACAUGCAGCAGCAGCUGCCGCUGCAGCUGCUGCAGCAGAACGAGCUGCAGCAGCAGCAGCAGCAGCAGCACGACUUGCUGCAUGAGCACCGGCUGAAGUGCGUGGAUCAGCUUGGGGCGCAGCAGGAGCAGCAGCACCAGGUGCAGCAGCAGCUGCAGCAGCAGCUGCAGCAGCAGCUGCAGCAGCUGCAGCGGCAGCAGCAGGUGCAGCAGCAGCAGCAGCAGCAGCAACAGGACCUGCAGCGGCAGCAGCUGCAGCAGCUGCAGCAGCAGCAGCAGCAAAUGGGCCUCAUGUUUCAGAUUGAAGGCACUCUUUUAAAUUUAGAAAAUAUUUAUCUUUCUUGGAUUCGAAAUGGAUUGCUUUCUUCUUCAUGCGCCAUGAUUGCCUAUUCAGCCAAUGAAUCGCUUGCUGCAGUCUCGCUGCCGGCCUUUCUUUCCAUUGGGGCCCUUUGCUUCUUCGUGGGCUCUUUGAAGUCUCUUUUGCUGCUGCCACAAGUUGCUGCUCAGCACAAACACGCGCGGGAGCUGCACCGUCGGUGGCAGCAGCAGCAGCAGCAGCAGCCGCCGCCGCUGCAGCAAAUUGUGCAGCAGCAGCAGCAACAGCUGCUGCAGCAGCUGCGGCAGCAGCAGCAGACAGAACGGCCGCCGCAGGAGGCGCAGCAACAGCCCCAGCAGCAGCAGCAGCCACCGCUGCAGCACAACCAGCAGCAGCAGCAGCAGCAGCAGCAGCAAUUUGGAAGGCCUGUUUUGCUGAGUGCUGCAGCUCCAGGGUUUUCGGGGUUUCACCUGUCCUUCCACCUGGCUGCUGUCUUUCUUAUUUGCUGCUUCUGGACUGCAGCAGCAGCAGCAGUUUUAAAGGCUUUGGCCCCACAAGCAGCGUAA